UCUUCCAGCAGGCAAGGAAGGCGGCGAGCGAGAAGCGAGGCCAGCGCCGGGGCUGCUAUGCACAGCUAAGCUCCCGCCGCGGCCAUCCCUCCCUAUUGCACCGGGGCCCCCCUCCCUCACGCUGCGCUCGCCGCCUUUCGGGGUGCCUCCCCUCGCGCGGGCUGCUGCUGGCGGCUGUCCACUCCUCUCAGCAUCCCCGGUACGAUCAACUUUAGCCGCGGAGGGAACCGCUGAGAGAGAGAGGCGAAGCAGCAGCAGCAGGCGGCGGCGGCGGGUCUUGUUUUUAACCCGGGGGGGUUGUUCCGAGGAUGGAACCCGGCGCGUAUGGAGCGGGCAAAGCCGGAGGCGCCUUUGACCCUCAGACCUUCAUCCGUCAACCUCACACGAUCCUCCGGAUGGUCUCUUGGCUUUUCUCCAUUGUUGUAUUUGGCUCCAUUGUGAAUGAAGGCUAUGUUAAUAAGCCAAAUGAAAUGGAAGAAUACUGCAUCUACAAUCGCAACCAGAAUGCCUGCAACUAUGGUAUCACCGUGGGAGUCCUUGCCUUCCUCAGCUGCCUUCUUUACCUGGCACUAGAUGUCUACUUCCCACAGAUCAGCAGUGUCAAGGACCGCAAGAAAGCUGUGCUCUCUGAUCUUGGUGUAUCUGGUUUCUGGGCAUUUCUCUGGUUUGUUAGUUUUUGUUUCCUGGCUGAUCAAUGGCGUGUUUCAAAGAGAGAAGACAACCCACUGAACGAAGGAGCGGACGCAGCCCGAGCAGCCAUUGCAUUCUCUUUUUUCUCCAUCUUCACCUGGGUUGGCCAGUCAGUUCUGGCAUUCCAGCGGUACCAGCUUGGAGCCGACUCCGCCCUCUUCUCCCAGGACUACACGGACCCAAGCCAGGAGGCUGGCAUGCCUUAUGCACCCUACACAAACGAAGAUGACACAACAGAUAGCAUGGGGACGUACCAGCAACCCCCUUCGGCAGAUGCUUUUGACGCUGAGACACAGGGGUACCAAUCACAGGACUACUGAGAACUGAUGGACCCCUCCCUGUCUGUCCCCUUCCCCCUCUGCCCACUCCCAUCUGCCACCAACAAGCCGGGGUGCAAAACAGACACAAAGGAACAACAGGUGGCCAUCAGCCACUCUCCAGCCUUCUAGAGUCUCUGUUUUUCUUUAUUUAUUUAUUUCUUUUUUAACAGAAGAACUAACACUUUUGCCCUUUUUCUGAAUCCAACAAAACCAAAUGGUUUAUCACAAAAUGCUUUAUUGCCCUUGUUGCAGUGAGAGUUUGUUCUCUCUCUUUGUCUGGGGAGGCAUUCAGCUCACACGUCCCUAGGGGUUGGGGGAACAAGAACCUCCAGAUAGGUACAGCUCCAGGGAAGCCAGCAGGAUGACUCGGGAAAGUGGAGCCAGAGGCUUACAUGUAUGUUCAUGAGUGUGAGUAGUGACAAAAGAAAACAGGAUCUGGAAAGAUAGGUGGGUAAACCUGUGAGUAAGGAAUAAAAGUGAGAAUGCAAGAAUGGAAAGGGCGAGUGACAUAAAUGGGAGUGGAAGGGAGCUUCGUCUGGUAUGCAGAGAGAAAUGGAUCUUGAAUGAGUCCGAAGUGUACUAUUUAUCUCAGGUUACAAUCAGUUGGUUUUAAGAAUUACAUCCAGUUGUUAGGUGUGAUAGGAUUGCGCUGCAAAAGAUAGUGGGCUAGCUAAUUCUGAGGAAUAUUUUGGCCAUGCUGGAAUGUGUGGUUGUUUGUUUUUUUCUGUUUAUAGUUUCUGUUCCCUUUUGAUCUUGUUUUGUCAGUUGCAGAUUAGUUACAUGAAAUUGCUCUAUGAGGCAUUCAUCACAAGGCUUAUUCUGUGACUGGGUGCUGCAUUGACUCACUUUUGGGAAAGUCCAGUGGAGUGCCCAACUGCGCUGUGAGCCUGUGGUAGGAAUAUUGUGUGAUUUGCACCAAAAGCAAAAGCAGGUAAUAGUUAAUGGAAGAGAACAGGUGCUGAAAAAGUAUAAACUGCAUGGGAGUAUUUGUACUAGGUGUGAGGCACUUUGUACUCCUGUCUGAGAGAUUUAAUCUCUGUCCAUUCCACAACAAACUAAUACAGUACACAGUGAUGAAUUUACUUUGUUUCGUUGGUUUAAAAAACAUACAGAGAAUAGAUUUUGCGAGUGCACGUGUGUUAGAAAUAUCGAGGGACAUCUUCUGGCCCAGUCAGUUCCCACAUAAUAAGUUGCCACCAGGAGUACAUGGGAAAAAGGAGGAUUCAGUCAAAGAAAUAGCCAUCUUUUGCCAACAAUGGCCUGGAAAAUGUAUGGAAACAUCAUCUCGACUGUGUGAACCAAGCCUUGUUUCACCAGAAUUACUGUGGCUAAGUUAGUUCACUGGUUAUCCCCUCUUGCUGAAAACUCUUUUGCUAUUUGGUAACAUGGAGCUUGUUCCCUGGAGUCAGGUGAUUAACAUAUUAAGAAGUGAGGAAAUAAUCAGGAUAAUUUCCUAGGAAUAAACCAGAAGGAAGAGCUCAUAGCUUGGAAACGUAGCUCAUCCAGGUUGUGCUCCUGGUUGAUAAAGGUGCUAGACCCUGUACAGGUUUACUCAGUAAGCUCAUUCAUUCCAGUGGGACUUGCUUUUAGCAACAUGGUCUAAAGAGGAUUGCAGUGUAAUGAUAUUGUCAUAUAUUCACACUAAUUAAUAACUACAAAAAAGGUGACAGGGUCAAAAUCUGCCUGUAAACCACAUCAGUAGUAUUAGCUAGCAUGAAAUAUUGUUUCUUCAGCACCAUGUUAAUAUAGCAGUGAAUUUAUUCUGUGUACAAUUUUGUGCAAUAAAGUAAAACUAUUUUAAGGAUAGAGAAACUGGGUCUCCCCAGAUGUUGGUAUCAUCCCUCUCCAGUGGUCAGAGCGCAGAGGCUGGUGGGAAGUGGAGCCAAACAACAUCUGGAGGGCUGUGGGUUUCCCACUUCUGCUUUCCUUUAUAUCAAAUCUCCCUAUGGAGGCAUUCUCAGUGGUCACAGUCUUCUCAGCAAACGAUAUUAUGAAGGACAAACAAUUUAUGGGGCUAAUGUGCAAGGGGCAUUUUGCUAUUCACUCCUAUUCUUACCAUGGCCUUUAUCAAGUGGGAUAGCAAGAUCUCUUUUCCAGGUGCAACUCUUGACAGCUUUCAUGCAAUUAAAAGGAAAACUACUAUAGCUCUAGUGCAAAAUAGACCACUUGUCACCCCACUGUUUCCUCCCCCCCAUGUUGUGCUGCUGGCAGAAAAGCCCCUUCCCCCUUUUUAAGAUAGACAACAGAGUCUACGUAUUCCUGAUGUUGACAUUCUGUUUCUGUGCUACACCCAAUCUAUAUAUUUCCAGGCAGUGAUGAAAAUGUUGUUCAAGGCUUUUACCUAAAGUCAUGUAUGGGCCAUGUGUAUCUCUCCAGAUGUUUAUUUAUUUGUUUACUUUAUUUAUUUGUCUCAUUUAUAGGCCACUUUUCUCCUGAUGAGGGAACUCAAGGUAGCUCACAGUGUUUAAAAAAUUUAAAAACACAUUACAUUAUAUAUUGUAAACAAGUAAACCGUAAUACCAAUUAAAAUACAUUUAAUGAUUAAAAACAUUAAAAACUUUUAAAACAGCAUUUUGGGAUUAAAAGCCUGCCUGAAGAGGUAGGUCUUCAACUGUUGCCAGAAGGGUGAAAGGGAUGGGGGCAACCUAACCUCUUGAAGAGAGAGCAUUCCACAACCCGGGAACAGCCACAGAGGCGGCCUUCUGAUGUUCCUGGGUUCUAACUCCCAUCAUUCCUGACCACUGGUUGCUGAUGAUGGGAGGUGCAAUCAAACAACAUAUGGAGAGCCACACAUUCCCCACAUCUGCCUUAAAGAUUAUUGCAUUUACUACCCUUUCAUAGAAGUGGCCAUCUUCUUCUAGUAUCUUCGUAUGCCAUUUUACAAAGAAAAAAAGUCACCCCUCAACCCUCUUGUCUUGUUUUGUGAUGUGCUGAUGCGGCCAUCCAUCUCCCUAAUAAUUUCUUAGUUUAACGAGUCUCACUGUUGGCUGAUACUAGGCUAAAGAAAACUGCACUGCACAUAAGAUUUAGCAGAACUGCAUCUUACACAUUGUCCAAACAUGUACAAUCAGGACACUCAAAGGAACAGACUAGUUGAUAGGAGACAAUAGGUUACACAGAACUAAAUGCAAUGUGAGGAAGCAGGGUGCAAACCAUUUCCAACAUCACAUUUUUCUGUUCAUGUGUAAAAAAGCCAAAGAUAGAUCUUUGUAUUGCUGAAAGAAUUUUACAAAGCUCCUGGAUUCUCUUUCUUACAUAUGGCGCACCUUUCUUGACAUUUCAGCAGUGUGCUAUGUUCAUUUUCUACCAGCUUCUUACACAUCUAAAGCAUGAGUAAGAAAAUGCCCUCUUGAAGCUGCACAACAUUCAGUUAUUCCAUCCCUUCCUUGUUAUAGGCCAAGGAAAAGGCCGGUGGUGAAAUAAAGCACUUUUAAGUUACCAUACCUUGCAUGUUUGGUUUUGCCCACUUAAAGAGGAGAGGGGUGAAAUGAGAGCAGAAACACUGCAGCAGUAUUGGGCUUCUCCCUAGUGUGUGGUCUGUGUUCUAAUGUGUGUAUGUGGGAACUGCUUCUACAUCCUUUUUAUUGGCCCAUUCAUUCUAGAGAUUCACGGUGUAUGGCUAGGGUCUAGCAAGGUGUGAGGGGAGAAAUGUGGUAAUCUGUUGCACAUAAAGCACAAAGAGGAACCAAGUUCCUUGCUUUUAUGAUCUGAUGAGAAAGCAAUAUUAUAUAGGGCUUGAGGGAAGGGGAUGUGUUCUCCACCCCAAAGCUUAUUUUCUGUUGAACAAGCCUAAUAUUUAGGCUUGUGGGUGGGUGGGGGUGUUUAAUCAGUGGAUUUCUUUAUAGUAAGUCAGGGAGAGGUCCUUCCUUUUCAUCUCUGCCCCUGGAGGGAAAGAGAGAAUUACGGGAUUGGAGUGUAAAGAGGGUCGAAAGUCCAGUGUUGUCACAAGAUUUUGUUGGUGUGAAUUGCAUGCCUUGAUGUGGGGGUGUGUGGGAAGAGGAGAUGUUCAACCCUCCACAGUUGUUCUGGGUAGAGAUUAAAAACAGAUUCUGCCUUGGGCCACAGGCAAGACUGAUUCAGUGUUGUUUGUUCCAUAAGGUUAUAGGGAUUGUUUUUUUAACUCCCUUUCUUGUCACAUAUGAAUGGAUUCUAAAGUCCAAGCAGGAAUAUUUUCUCAGUUGCACACAAUGCUUCUCACAAAGCCAAGGGAAGGCCACUUAUCGAAGUGUGAUGGUGUUCAUGGGCCACAACAUAGCAGAGAGAGGCCUGCCAGACCAUUCAUUGCAGUUAGUGGCAGCACAUUUAACUCUGUAUUGGAUUAUGGGCACGACUGUCACUGAAAAAACAUUUCCCAUAAGAAUAAAACAUCUUGCUCAUAUCGUACCAAGUGGCAAGCCUUUCUCCUUGCUUUAGAUCAGGCUUGUCCAACCUGCUCAUAAUGCAGCCCAGUGCAAUUUUUUAUUUUUAAAGAAAUUCCAAAAUUUCAAGUUACACUGCUGACGCUUGCAGCCGGAAUAUGGCCUGGGCAUGUCACAACAGUAGAGGGGGAGAGAGGGAAGGAAGGAAGGAGUGGGAGAGGAGGGGACAGGGGG